AUGUCUUGCAAGUGCUACGCCGCCUUGGUGCCUGCCGGCCCCCUGGUCCCUCACACGAUCGAGCGCCGUGCUGUGGGCCCUGACGAUGUUGCCAUUGACAUCAAGUACGCCGGCAUCUGCCACUCAGACGUGCACCAGGCCCGUGAGGAAUGGGGCAGCGCUAUCUUCCCGAUGGUGCCUGGCCACGAGAUCGGUGGCUUCGUCACUGCUGUGGGCCCCAACGUCACCAGCUUCAAGGUGGGUGACAAGGUCGGCGUUGGCUGCAUGGUGGACAGCUGCCGUGAAUGCCAGUCCUGCAAGGAGGGUGAUGAGAACUACUGCGCCACGGGUGCCGUCAUGACCUACAACGGCAAGUACAAGUACAAGCACUGCCUGGAGUACACCGAGGACGGCGGCAAGCCCACCUAUGGUGGCUACGCCCAGAGCAUCGUGGUCGACAAGAACUACGUGUGCCGGAUCCCCGACAACCUGGAUCUUGCUGGUGCCACGCCCCUGCUGUGCGCAGGCAUCACCGUCUACUCGCCGAUGGCUUACAACGGUCUCAAGGCAGGUCAGAAGCUGGGUGUGGCUGGCCUCGGUGGUUUGGGCGCCAUGGCAGUGAUGAUCGGCAAGGCCUGGGGCUGUGAGGUCACGGUCCUGUCGCGCAGCGAGGGCAAGCGCGACGAGGCCAUGAAGGAGCUGAAGGCGGACAAGUUCGUCGUGAUGUCCAACGACUCGGACGUGGAGGCGGCUGCUAGCUCCCUCGACAUGAUCAUCGAUACCAUCGCAGCCAAGCAUGACAUCCCGACAUACCUCAGCUUCUUGAGGCAGAACGGCAAGUUCGUAAUGGUUGGAGUGCCUGCAGAGCCGCUGGACUUCCAUGCCUUCUCCAUCAUCCCCAAGCGCAAGACGAUCACAGGCUCCCUCAUUGGCGGCAUUCGGGAGACGCAGGAGAUGCUGGACUUCUGCGGAAAGCACAACAUCAUCUGCCCCCACGAGCUCAUCAGCGGUGACAAGAUCAGUGAGUCCUACGACCGCGUGGUGAAGUCCGAUGUGAAGUACCGCUUCGUGAUUGUGUCAGGUAGCAGACGUACUUCCGCAGUUCAGUCCACCAUGUCUUGCAAGUGCUACGCCGCCUUGGUGCCUGCCGGCCCCCUGGUGCCUCACACGAUCGAGCGCCGUGCUGUGGGCCCUGACGAUGUUGCCAUUGACAUCAAGUACGCCGGCAUCUGCCACUCAGACGUGCACCAGGCCCGUGAGGAAUGGGGCAGCGCCAUCUUCCCGAUGGUGCCUGGCCACGAGAUCGGUGGCUUCGUCACUGCUGUGGGCCCCAACGUCACCAGCUUCAAGGUGGGUGACAAGGUCGGCGUUGGCUGCAUGGUGGACAGCUGCCGUGAAUGCCAGUCCUGCAAGGAGGGUGAUGAGAACUACUGCGCCACGGGUGCCGUCAUGACCUACAACGGCAAGUACAAGUACAAGCACUGCCUGGAGUACACCGAGGACGGCGGCAAGCCCACCUAUGGUGGCUACGCUCAGAGCAUCGUGGUCGACAAGAACUACGUGUGCCGGAUCCCCGACAACCUGGAUCUUGCUGGUGCCACGCCCCUGCUGUGUGCAGGCAUCACCGUCUACUCGCCGAUGGCUUACAACGGUCUCAAGGCAGGUCAGAAGCUGGGUGUGGCUGGCCUCGGUGGUUUGGGCGCCAUGGCAGUGAUGAUCGGCAAGGCCUGGGGCUGUGAGGUCACGGUCCUGUCGCGCAGCGAGGGCAAGCGCGACGAGGCCAUGAAGGAGCUGAAGGCGGACAAGUUCGUCGUGAUGUCCAACGACUCGGACGUGGAGGCGGCUGCUAGCUCCCUCGACAUGAUCAUCGAUACCAUCGCAGCCAAGCAUGACAUCCCGACAUACCUCAGCUUCUUGAGGCAGAACGGCAAGUUCGUAAUGGUUGGAGUGCCUGCAGAGCCGCUGGACUUCCAUGCCUUCUCCAUCAUCCCCAAGCGCAAGACGAUCACAGGCUCCCUCAUUGGCGGCAUUCGGGAGACGCAGGAGAUGCUGGACUUCUGCGGAAAGCACAACAUCAUCUGCCCCCACGAGCUCAUCAGCGGUGACAAGAUCAGUGAGUCCUACGACCGCGUGGUGAAGUCCGAUGUGAAGUACCGCUUCGUGAUUGACACCUCCACGUUCUGUGAGGAGGAUGCAACAUCGACUGUGAGAAAGUUCAUCUUGGACGGUGAAGCGUUCGUUUUCUGGUAUCUGAACCUCAUCGUCUCAACUGAGGGCAGCCACAUGAAGGAGUACGAGAUCGUCCAGAAGCUAGGCCGAGGUGCCUAUGGCAUCGUGUGGAAAGCCAUCGACAAAAAGACGCGGGAGGUCGUCGCAUUGAAGAAGUGCUUCGAUGCCUUUCAGAAUGCCACCGAUGCUCAACGAACCUUCAGAGAGAUAAUGUUCCUGCAGGAGCUCAAUGGCCACGAAAACAUCGUGCGCUUGCUCAACGUGCUGAAGGUGGGCCAACGGCAGGACAUCUACUUGAUCUGCGACUACAUGGAGUCAGAUCUCCACGCAGUCAUUCGGGCCAACAUCCUUGAGGAAAUUCACAAGCAGCCGGGGGUCCCAACAACUCCUUGUGGUUUGGAGCCCUGA